GGGAUGGCUACAACCAUUCAGCACUGCCACCCAAAGAACUGCUGGGGAAGACUGCAGUUCUGAGGACCCUCCUGAUGUACUUGGUCCCUCCCUUGCUGAACGAGCCUUAAGACUAAAAGCUGUUAAACUGGAAAAAGAAGUCCAGGAUUUAACACUGAGAUACCAGAGAGCUGUCGCUGAUUGUGAAAACAUAAGGAGACGAACCCAGAGAUGUGUGGAAGAUGCCAAGAUAUUUGGAAUCCAGAGCUUCUGUAAGGACUUGGUGGAGGUGGCAGACAUUUUGGAGAAGACUGCUGAGUGCUUUUCAGAAGGAGCCAAACCCGAGGACCACAAGCUUACUCUGGAAAAAGUCUUCCAAGGACUGUCCCUUUUAGAAGCAAAGCUGAAAAGUGUGUUUGCCAAGCAUGGCCUAGAGAAAAUGACACCCAUUGGUGACAAAUAUGACCCUCAUGAGCAUGAACUCAUCUCUCACAUGCCAGCAGGUGUUGGAGUACAGCCUGGCACUGUGGCAUUAGUACGGCAAGAUGGCUACAAACUUCAUGGCCGCACCAUUAGACUUGCCCAAGUGGAAGUGGCAGUGGAGUCUCAGAGAAGGUUAUGAGCAAGCCACCAGGAACUAAAACUUCCAGGGUCCUGGCACCUGUGUCUCCUUUAUUUAUUAAGCUGGUUUGUAUUAUACAUGAGGUCCUUCAUGUGCUCUGCUUUGGAUUUAGUCAUAUUGGCUUUAUCUCUACAAUAUCUUAUUGGUUUUAUGUGACCUGUUUGGUCUCAUCACAAGUCCUGACAUUGGGCAUUUGAACAAUGUGACAAGUGUCCUAUGGCCUUUACCAAAAUGUUUACAAAAAUCAUUUAAAUUGGUACUCUGAUGACUGAAUCCAAAAUCCCUUAACUGUUUUUUCAACUAAUUUCUGGAAUUAGUACAGCAUCUUGUGUCUUGUAUUUUAUGGGAAAAGGAGAUGGUAGGGAUUGGUUUGAUAUUUAGGUACUUAGAUGACAAAGCUUUACCCUUGUAUAAAUUUAAAUCAUUUGGGUUGACUUACAUAGAUUUUUUUCAAGACUUUUUUAUUUCAUUUUUCAUUUAGUCAUCUUUUGUACUUGUAUUCCAUGUUAGGGGUCACACACGUUGUUCCAUAGCCACCCCUUUCUGGUCCCAUUUGAAAGGGCUAAAGGGUCAGGCCAGUCUUCCGUUUUUUUCUUGUUGGUGAGGUGUACUCUUUUAUUAAACUGGUCUCAAGUGUAUGAACAGACAAGCUCUGGCUGCCUCCACAACACAACCCACUCCCAGGGAGACCAAAAGCCUCUAUACAUCGCAAGUUGGAGAGUCAGGCUUCGGGGGCCAGGCAUAGUGGCUGGUCAUUCAAAAUUCAAAAGUAUUACCUUGAAUGAUUUUUUUCGCAGUACAUAAUUUAUACAAAAAUAAUGCUGCCAUCUCCCUUGCAUGCACUCAGAAUGAACUGGGCCAUCCUUUCCGCAUUAGGGUGUGGUGCUGCUCUGGAGAGGACAAGGGACUUCCUGUAACAACAACAACAACAAAAUACAAUCAAAAGUCCUCGGCCACAUUGUAAAACUUUGGGGAUGCUUGCCCCAAUCAGCUGUUGUCACUUCACCAUUCCAGUUUUUAAAUACUGAGUCAAAAGCACCAAAAAAAAAAAAAAAA